AUGCUUCAGGUGGUGAACUAUCAUGACUGCGCUGGCGAAACAAGAACCAAUAGUGUCACAGCAGAACAGGUCUACAAAUACGCAACGGACCUGGAGCUUGUUUAUGCGAAACUUAAAGUUACGAGCACAUUCGCUACAGAAGAUCUUCUCAGUCUUCACAGUCAAAAUUGCAGUUUAUUAAGCGAUGAAAGAGAGUUCGUUGCGACUUCUCUUCUUAGUCUUCUAAAAAAACACUCUUAUAUCUUGGUUGAUCACCCUCACCUGUUUUUCCAAUGUUUAGUUAACGAAGGGAUUCCUGAAUUAUCAUCUUCAGCUGCAGUUAUCCUUGAGUCCUCAGUGCCCCAAAUAGCGUACAUGAAAUACCUAGACGCAGAAGAACAGAAGGGAGCCGACCAGGCAAGAUUUGAGUGUUCAGACAAAAUCGUCUGUUUUGAUGUUUCACCUGAAAUGGAUUUUAUUGUGUGCGAGUGUCGAGAUGGAACUAUCCAUCUGUGGUCUCUUCAGACAGGCAACAAGAUAUGGGUUCGACCGACAUUAACGAAAAAAGAGUUCUAUUCUGGAUAUCCCGACAACACUGCAUACCGUAGUGUAGGUAAACAUUCUUUGUCUUAUUACCGUUCUGUGACGUUUCAUCCAAAUGUGAAAUCUGUGCUAGCAGGGACACUCCAAUUUGUGUAUACUCUAAGUGGAGAGAGGAAGGACCUUUUCCCCAACAGCAAAUGUAUUUUUUCAAAUUUCGUCUUAACCUGGGUCACAAUUUGCUUUUUCCCAAGUGACUUGUGAAGUUAUUCUGUUUGACCGAGUUAACAAAAGUUUCCAGAUGAUUCUAGAAACUAGCUUGGUGGUUUGUGGGCUGAUGUAUUUCACAUCCGAUAAGAACAGUCUUGUUUGCGGGUUUCUUGAUUUUGAUUUCGAGGAACACCGUGGCUCAUAUAAAGGUUUCUUUUAUGGACCACCAAGUUUCAUAAGUAUCACUGGUAAUUCCGAUUCCGAUUUGGAACCUCUUCAAUUUAAAACUUUUAGGUUAUGGCCAUACAAUUCGUCAGGCACUUUGGACGUAUGGUAUGAUUUUAUAAUGGAGACCAUAAUCCCCAAACAUUGUCUGCAUGCAGGUUCCUACAUCAAACUCGAUGAUGAGUCGGCAUUGGUUGGUAGCCCAGCUUGUAAAUACGUCACAAUGGUAAAUACUGUCCAUGGGAUGGCGUUCGCCUCGAUAGAGGGAAGAGAUGUCAAACAGAUUGCCUUUUCUCUUGAAGGAGAUGCCAUUUAUUCAGUUGUUCCAGUCCCUGAAAGAGAAGUGAAAGUAACUGUUUUGAGAAUGUCAAGUCGUGACCUAGUGAACACAAGAGUUUUCCUUGACUCCGUUUCCAUCUUUCCAACGAGGGAUGGUAUCGUACUUUUAAAACAUGACAGAGUCGCAGAGUUAUGGAGCUUUGAUAAGUCUACUUGUCUUAGACCUCUUCCCAAAGUUACCGGAUGCGACAUUGUUUCUUCUGUUUCAGGGGAACUGAUAGCCUGUUGUUCUUCGGUACCAUUUUACGAAUCGUCAGAGGAUUCAGAGGAUCUGGAGGAUCAGGAUUCCGAUAAUUCAUGUGACUGGCCUGAUUAUAUGGACGAACGGUCUGAUUCCCAGGACUACCUGACUAAGAGCAAGCUGAUUAUCAAUUACUUGGGCGUUAACCGUGCUAAAAGCACGACCGUUUCAUCGCUGAACACCGUUUUGGAUGCUGGUGAGGAGAUACUUUCAGUUUUUUGCAUUAAUUCAAGUGAAGUACUAGUUUGCACCUCUAAAGAGACAGAAGUGUUCAACGUGUUAUUAGUGGAAGUAAAAGUCAGUUUAAGGAGAAAUAAUUUGAUUUUGUGGGAAAGAACGGCGUCCUGGAUCGAUCCAAUGGGUAUAAUGUCAGGCGUGCUCUGUUCCUCUGAACAUGAAUUUGUUGUCACUUGGAACACUCUUGAAGAAGGUCAUGGCCUGCAUAUACUUUAUGCAGAUACGGGAGAGACACUACACGUCUUCCUUGGAGACCAAAAUGACAUUGUUGAUUGUAAGUUUCUCGAUGAUGAAUCUCUGGUAUGCUGCAGUGAGGACAACUUCCUUCGACUGUAUAAUGUCAGAGCUGGAGUUCUGCUGAGUAUUCUAGACAUUGGAGAGCAACCUUUCUGUUUGGGAGCCUGUCUGUACCAGCCUCUUGUCGCCAUUGGUUUGUCCGCGACAAGAAGAAAAUUCGUCCACGUACAGUUGCCAAAAGAAACUAAAAAGACUGCAAGGUUAGUUUCUUUUAUCAGUUCCUUGGUCAUCGCGGUAGAUUAACUAUAUAGUGAAACCCCCAAAAACCAAUCCUCGUUGUGCCAUGAAAAUUCCAUCGUAUAAAAAAGGUUUUCAGAUAAGAAAAUGAGUGUGUGUUUUCUUUGGUCAAAGUAAAUGCUGAGUCGUAGUGACGGUGUCCACUGAACUCAGGCAACAACAUGAUAGUUCCUGUUGGUACCUGUUGGUUUGAGUUGGUUGUAAAACCACUUUCGAGAGUUUUAACGCGGUUUAGGUGUAGAAAUCCUUUUUUCUUAGAUCUUCCACCGCACAAUGCAGGGCUGUCUAUCUUGGGUGCUUCAUAGCUGCCUAGUCCCAUAAUGACCAGUGUAACGCAUCUGUGGGUCUUAACAUGAAACUAACGACUUUCAUAACUUCAAUUGAAUUGCAGCCUCAGUUAUCAAACACCAUUGAAUUAACCUCCUUAGAAGUCUCAGAAGAGCUGACACUUGACGAAAAGAGUUGGAUUGUCAAAUCAUCGUCCCUGAACUUAACUGCGUUUCUAAGAACUCGUUGAGGGAGCUCCGCGAACACUGAAGAAGCAAUUGUACAGCGGAGAUUGAAAUCCAUUGGAACAACCUUGAGGGACUGGAUUUUAGUUUUCAAGUUAGACAUAUUUUAAUUUUCAUAUCAUCACAGGAGGGAGGAGGUAGGGUUACAGAGGAAGGUCCCCUUAAUGCAGCUAUUAAGAUCAGAAUGUUUAAGUAAUUAACCGAUUCGAUUGCUUUGAAAUUAAAACAGCCUGGAGAGUAGCAUAAAAACGUUUAUCUCGAAGGUUACAAAAAAUGAAUGAAAUUUUCUUUGCACUCUCAACCGUGGUAUCAUCAAAUAUUAAUCAGACUGACGAAAUCUAGACCACAGUUAUCACUAACUAUCACCUAACAAUCGUAGAAAUAGGUUAUGAGAAUAUCAGCAGAAUUUUGCCUAUGCUUCAUGUAUCAUGGUAUAAAGGGUAUUCGAAGUUGACGCAAGCUGUCUAUAGAAACUACUGUAAUGUGCAACGGCCAUACCGUGGGAAUCAUAAGCAGUUACAGAGCUUCAACACAAAAUUACCCAGAUCCACCCACGAAAAUGUUCAAAUGGUUGUUGUUACUGUAUAACAGUGAAAACAGUCAGAUCCUUUUGCAGUAAGGAGAAGGUUAAGCAAGCUCGCUCGAUCCAAUGUUACUUCUCAUUUAUGGGAGAACUAAGGGGCCUGAAACGCGCGCUUUUUUCCUGCAAAAUCGGUAGCAGUUAAUCCAUAUUUAUAACUCGCAUUCCGAUAUUUCGUUUAGCAUAUAUUAAAUCCUCUACACGGCUGUUGAAGUCAAGUUGUUUUAAAAAAGUAUUUUGUAGAUUGGAAUUCCGAUACAACGAGCUGUCAGGAGACUAGGAGAAUGUACUAAUUUUAACGGGCGUACGGGGGUACUGUUGUAAUUAACUGACGGUUCUUUGGCACUCCCUUACUACGAUGUAACAUUGUGUCUACGAUGAGUCUGCAUUGUGUCUUACCGUCCUUUGGCACUUCGUUACUACGACAUCUGCGUCUUAUUCCAUACUUACUUAUUAUUGUAAAUUGGGAGACAAAAAUCUCUCGUUAUUAUAAGGCUAAUUAAGUCUGUUUUCACCCUGCAAUUGGUCAAUUUGCGGUUCAUAACUUACUUUAGGGACCUAAAUUUCAAAAUCAAAUACUCAUUUUGCGGUUCUAAUUUUUUUUUCGCGAGAAAAAUAUUUUAAGCAAAGGAUAUGUCUGUAAACCCUGAGAACUUAGAUGUUGACUUCGUCCCUCCACGUUUUAGCCUGUGUUUAUUUGAGAACGAAGCUGAUGAAGAAACUGAUUCGUAAUCUUACCGAAGAAGAGAAUUCUAGUCAGUAAUCGAAAAUUUAAUCGCAGGUCAAGGCUAAAAAGACGAGAAUGGACUGGAAGAAUUGGAGACGUUUCUUUAAUGAAAAACGAGCGAAUCGUUCAGCAAUGAUAACAGACUUACCUAGACAAGCUCCUAGUUUUUUUUUCGUGAGCCAAUAAAAAUUUUAUUUUCUGAAGCCUGUCAAAUUACUGUCGCAUCACUUGUCCUGCACUUGUUUCCGGUCCCCAAACAGGAAGUCAUACAACAGACAUCUUAUUAGCCUCGUUUUCUCUGUCCGCACUUUAAAAUUAAGACACCUUGUUUUCUUUCGAUCAAUUUAUGGCCCAAGGGGAAAAAAAUCGAUAAAAAACCUUGGUCCGUAAUUUACAGUACCGAGACCAAAACGAGGCUAAUAUGCAAGAGGUACUUAUCCCGGAAAGCUCGUCAGCCGGGUUUCCUAUUCUCCUUGAGUUUUUUCUUCUUAUUAAAAAAUUCAAAAGGGAAAUUUUCAGAUAAGAAUACAUUUUACACUAUUUGGUAGAGCGUUUUUUUACCUGAGUACCUUGCUUGGGAGACUGGGCAACCACUCCCUACGUAAUCGACCUUAGGUAAAGUAGCUAUCUUCUAUCUCUGUUUGUAAUCAAGUUCAGAUAUAACGCGCACGCUGAUUGGUUGAAAAAGGGUGCUUUAUGAGAUAUUAAACACGAAGCUAAAGCUGUCACGCCAUGUGCCAAUAAUUUCUUUUAAAAAUUAGAAAGUAACGCGAGGGGAAUUUAACGGAUUCUUUAUCAUAAGGCAAAUAAAAGAGCUUUGACUGCGCUCUGUUCUGUUGUAAAGCACUUAAGAAGCGGCUAGAGUACUUAAGAAGUAGGGAGAAACACUAAACUACGUUUUUCACGUUUCCUCCUACACUUCUUGAGUGCUCUAGCCGCUUCCUAAGUGCCUUACAACAGAUCAAAGUACAGUCUAGGCUUCUUUAUUUGUUAAUAGGGACUUUAAGAUCCAACGACGCGACGGCAAUGAGAACGUCGCUCAAAAAGUGAAUUUGCGUUCUGUCAGUCUAUAUCGCAGUUAUUCCUACCCACUUACUUUGUCAAAUGUAGGCGAACCCUCCUGGAGUUGAAUUCGUAGGCACCAUAUCCGAGAACAAAAAGAGAUGUUAAAUUUCGUCGUUGCUUGUUUACGUCCUCCGUAAAAAGCGAAAUUACGCAUGUUCACGUCGUAGUCGUGCAAAAACGGCAGAGAAAUAUACAAAAAAGCACGGUGUACGUGCAAAGUUGUUGUUUUGCUAAUAAAACCUAUUGUUUUAAACCGCAAGAGCAAUGGCAGGCGCAGCAACCUAGAAUUUCAGGGAUUAAUGAAAAUCACAUGUUGUUGGUCGGUAGGGACUUCCGGGGUUCUCUCAAACGGACGGAGUCGAGUCCUGCUUCCAAUAACCAUUGAACUGCUCCAGAGGAACCGAAACUAUUUUUCAUAAGGUUUGAAAAGGGAAGAGGAAUAGUGAGUUUGCUGUUGGUGUCUCUUAAAGAGCAAGUGGAGAUAUUGCAACGAUAGUUAGCUUUCUACUCACCUUCCUCGACCUUUAUGUAAAGUUUCCCAGCACUCCAGAAACUAUAAAGGAAUGAGUAUAAGCUUUAGGCGCAACGAUUUCUGGGAUAGUAUGGGAGGACAAGCGUUACUAAUGAUUGGCUAAUGGUUGCCUUGAAUACCAUCGACCAAUCAUAGCUAACACUUGUCCACCAAAACUAUCCCAGAAAUCAUUACGCCGAAGGCUUGUACCCAUUACCCUUGUGGUCUCAGGAGUGAGGAAUUAAUUAUGCAGAAAUAAAUGCGGAGAAGGUCAUCACAGUUAAAUAUGUACGCAGCUUAUGCAGUUGAAAAAACAAAGCCUGAAAAAAAUCAGGUUUGCCGAGAUUGGAACCCUGACCUCUGCGAAACUUGAGUAAGAGCAAGAGAGCAUCGUAAGAGGGUGAUUUCUGAUGUUGUUUCUUUUCUUUUUCAUUAUUGUAAUCCUCGAUCAAGAGCUUCUCUAAACUACUAUUAUCAGUGACGACAAUUCUGUCGAAGAGAAAUGAGUCGGUGGGACAUAGCCUGCGUGGCGUGUCACCCUCGCGCGCCCUUUACUUUUUCGCCCCCAAUCUUGGACUAUGACGUAUUUUGUUGGAUUAUAAAUAAGCGUUUGCCCACUGGCGCUCAUUGAAGCAAAACAAAAAUGACACUCCUUCCUUCUAAUUUGAAAGUUUUCGAAACAGUCAAACACGAUCAGUCUAUGCAAAUGCAAACAAAAGCUUGGUCAUGCUUAAACGUUCUAAAUUUUAGAUUCAUCGAUGGGCCACGUCACUUAGAACACUUUGUUUCUUUGUGAAACAUGGACAGGAAUCUACAUGGAAGAGGCUUCGCAAGACAAUGUGGCAGCAGAAAGGUAACUUAAUUAAAGAUUAGCUUCAGGGCCUUGUGUACCCCACAGGUCGUUGCACAGAGCAUUUAUUACUACGGCGGGAGUGUAGUUUUAUCUAUAUCACUUUUGAUUUUCGGGAUUCUGAAAAAUUCCAGUUGAUGCCGACACCUUGCAACCUUCAAAGUUUCCAGAAGAUUUUUAGCAAUAAACUGAUAAACAAUUUAUGAAGCAAAUAUCAUAAUUGACCUUAAAUUCUGUUAAGCUCUAUUAGCUUCUAGCUACAAGCUCAAUGUAGUUUUUAAUUCAAAGCUUCUGUCGCCAUUAGCUAAUGUGCUCGAUAUCUAGCAGAAGUCAUGACCAGAGUUAAUAAUAUCGAACGAAGGAAUAUUCUUUGCGACCCUCAGUAAUGAGGAGACAUAUGUUCACAUUUCCGCCUCAGUGACGAAACUAGGUCGCGGUUUUAGUCAUGAACGCCUGCGUGACCAGCCAGUUCAAAUACACACACAUAUUAUAAGUCGUAGCAUACCACCCCUUUUUCUGAAAGCUAGUGGUCAUAUCGAUUCUGAGUGUAUACAGUCAAAUGAUGACUUACAAGGUCGAUAAAGCUAAUUGCCAUGGAGUCAAUAUGGAUUACCGUACUGCAACAUUGAAAAUAUAUGUAAUACUACAUGCAAUAUAAUUAUGAUAACAGUAAGGGUGUGCUCAGUUAUCUUCUUAUAUUUGAGUGUCGCGGAUAUAAGAAACUUGAUAUGGUCCAUGUCUGAGUUGUUGUAAGUUUUCUUAUCUGUUUGUACGUCAGUGUUGUGUUGCUUAGGUAGAUUUUUUGCAUCAUCGUGUUGUUCUCUUUGGAAUUCAAUAAACCGAUACUGAUAAACCGAUAAUGCAUAAUGCUUGGUUCUAACAAACAAUCUGGUAGUAAAUGAUUUCUGAACUUCUUAUGUACUUGCUUCCACGCAAAAAGGAAAAGCCCUGUCAGUUGUAAUUUAACCAACGAAACUAUAAUAUAAAAAUAUAAAAAUAUAAUGCGCUCGGUUAACCAACUCAAAUCGUCCACAAUCGUAAAUCUAGUUGUUGUGUUCACUAAAUACCCUCGACAGCAAACGUGUUAAACACCCUUCUUGAAAGCAUUGGUUUUUCCUUAUAAUAGUCAUGCCAGUCACUCUUUCCUAAUUGUCAUAUUUCUAAUUUGUACGGAUUACAAACAAUAUUCGCCAACUCCUUUACGCGUGACUUCGUUUGUAAAGUUUCAUGGUCUGGUAACCAUGAAAAUAAAAAUAAAAAACAAAACAAAUGAAAGCAAUCACGGAGCGAGUUGAUCGUUGAGAUGUGACUCACGUUUUAUCUUUCUUGCCAAUGUAGGUUAAGAAUGAAUUUCCAAGACAUGAACGUUUUCUUCUACAUUAAAUUUGCUAAAUGGCGACUGCAGCAUCUUCACCCCUGGCCAGUUCUCCAGCGAAGACAAAUGGAAACAAGCUGAGCAGGCUUCUCAUCGAUGGCGGAACAACGGCGCUGAGGAAUAUUUUCGAUCACUAUCACCCACCUGUCAACUUGACUUCUGAUCUCAAUUCCAAUUACUCCAUUCUUAACAACCUUUUGCGUAAAAGAGUACUAAAUGGCCAUCAGUGGGACAAACUCUUCCCCCCUGGUGGAGGGGUGCCAGACUCCAACACGUUUGACAUCACUCUUCUGUUCCUGCUGCUAACUACCAUCUGCGGCUUAUCCCCUCCCCUGACAGGAUGGCACACCAAGCCGCCCCCUGGUGAUAACACUCUCGAGGCUAACCUUGCUCGUGUUAAGUUCUUCCGGAAUGAGUUGUAUGGUCACGUGACGUCCACAGGGGUUGAUGCGACAUCUUUCUCCUCCUUCUGGCAUGAAAUAAGCAUUAGUCUUCAUUCGCUGGGUUUAGAUCAAGCUGAAAUUGACAGACUGAAGGCAGAGCAUGGAGCAGAGGAAGAUUACCUUGAUGCCUUAAUUGAGUGGGCUGACAGUGAAGAGGACAUAAAAACGCAGUUGAAAGACAUCCACGAGACGCAACCAAAACUCAGUAAAACAGUUGAAGAUGGCAAUUUAAACAUGGAAGAGCUACGUCAAGCCCUAAGCAAAACUCAGGAUGUUGUAGAUGAAGCAGUGGACGUAGAACUCAAAAGACAUCAAGAAUUGACGGCAGCACACCAGGAAAGCAUGUCACGUUUAGAGGGAGUGUGUGAGUCCCAAACUAAAACCAGCCAAGCUGUGGACGAAAUUCGUGAAUCAAUCCAAGAAGUAAAACAGGAAGUAAAAAGCUUGACGAAAACGAAAAGCGAGCACGCAGAUGAGGUACUUAGGACCCUUGUGAAGUUUGAAUUCAAAGGAGAUAUAGAGUAUCAUGCAAAGAAAUUCCAGGAAGGAACUCGUGAGUGGAUCUUCAAAAGCAUCGAAGACUGGUUGGACGACCGGAGCUCGCCACAUCGGGCGAUGGUAAUCAGUGGAAAUCCAGGGAUGGGAAAGACUGUUAUCUCCGCUGUUGUUUCGCAAAGAAUUAAAAAAGCUGGAAGACUCUCGGGAAUCCACUUUUGUCAGCAUGACGAUUCACGGUACCGAGAUCCACGUUUAAUGCUCCAGUCUUUGGCCUGUCACUUGUGUCAAGCGAUGCCAAGUUACAAAGAUGCUUUAGUGGAACAGCUGUCAAGAAAUCUGGGUAAAGACCUCAACAACAUGGGUGUAAAAGAGCUGUUUGCGUUGCUGUUUAAAGAGCUUCUAAGCACAGUGCAAGAUCCUGGAAGAAACAUCCUAAUAGUCAUAGAUGGCCUCGAUGAAAGCGAGUACAAAGGACGCAAUGAGCUUCUACAUGUAAUCAGUAACCAUUUCUCUAUGCUUCCAGUCUGGAUUAGAAUUUUGAUCACAACUCGUCCAGAGAAGAACGUUACAGAGGCGUUGCGACAUUUGAAACCAAUAGAGCUUGAACAAAAACAAGAAGAAAACUUAAAGGACAUUCAAACCUUGUUUGAAAGACAACUCAGCCUCAAAAUUGGUGAGGAGCAUAAACAUGUUCUCUUGAAGGAGCUGGUCAAGAAAUCAGAAGGCCUGUUUAUUUACGCUUACUUUAUAGUGGAUUUUAUCCAAAAGAAUGUUUCAAUUCUCAGUCCUGAUCAGCUGGAAAGUGUGUUACCUUCAGAUAUUUCAUCUGUUUACUUGUCCUAUUUUACACGGUUAGAGGAUAAACUUUGCAAAGAGCUUAAUGCAGAUGAGGAACAUUUUUUGCGUUUCCUGUGUGCAUUGACCGCUGCAAGGGAACCAUUACCAGUAGAAUUCAUUGUCAAAAUUCUAAACCCGGGAGAAAAAUCUUUGACUGCGCAACGAAAAGUUAACAAAGCGAUAUCUUGCAUCUCUACACUGUUACCAGUUCGGGAGGUUCGUCUUCACUUCUUUCACAAGUCAAUCAAGGACUGGCUAGUAGCAUCAUUGCCCUAUGAACAACAUGAUUUCACCGUGGACGAGAAAGAAGGUCAUAUUGUCCUUUCUGAUCUCUGUGCUUCUGAACUCGAAAGCUUGCAGCGAAAAGGGGUUCAUAGCAAACAGUUUUCGACUACUGAAACAUAUGCUUUGCAUCAUGGUACUCAGCACAUGCUUGAGGUCACCGAUCAUGACUGCGCUGACAAAACAAGAACCAGUAGUGUUACAGCAGAACAGGUGUACCGAUACGCAACGGACUUAGAGCUAAUUUAUGCAAAGCUUUGUGUUAAGAGCACAACAGCCAUAGAAGAUCUUCUUAGCCUGCACCGUGAGAAUUCCAGAAGAGUAAGCGAGGAAAGAGAUUUUGUUGUAACUUCUCUCCUCAGACUUCUAAGAAAAUACUCUUACAUCUUGUUUGAUUACCCUCACCUAUUUUUCCAGUGUUUGAUUAACGAAGGUACCCCUGAAUUGUCGUCUAUAGCAGCAGGUAUUGUUGAGUCAUUAACUCCCAAAAUGCCAUGCAUGAAGUACUUAGAUAAUGACAAGCAAAAGGAAAAAGCCGUUCAGGGACGAUUUUACUGUUCAGAUAAAAUCGCAUGUUUUGAUGUCUCACCUAAAUUGGAUUACCUGGUAUGCGAGUGUCGAGAUGAAACAAUCCAUCUCUUUUCCCUGCUGACUGGUACCAAAGUAUGGGUUCGUCCUUCGCUAACAAAUAGAACGUAUAGUUCCAAAGAGGCAUAUGCGGGUAGUGGUGCAUAUCGACAAACUGGGCAUUUUCUGUCAUUUUAUCAUUCUGUCACAUUUCAUCCAAAUGGGAAGUCGAUAAUACCAGGAACUCUUAAAUAUGUUUACACCAUUAGUGGAGAUAGGGAAGAUCUUUUCCCGGACAGUGACUGCACAUUUUCAUAUUGCUUCUUACGAUCUUAUAAAGAUAAGGAAGUGAUAUUUACAGAUUGCCCACAUGAUCCAAAGCAGAUAAUCAUUUGGGAUAUGGAGAAUGGCCAGAAGCUCAAAGUUAUUAUCGAUUCGGAUAAGGAAAUUUCAUCCUUUACUAUUUCUGGCGAUGGGUCACGUAUCGCUAUUUCUGAAGCGAAUGGUAAGAUUACUAUUUUUUACCUAAUAGACGGGUUUGGUUUGAGAUUCCCUGACGCUGGUAAAGAUAACUGGGUGUGUGGGUUGAUGCAUUUCACAUCCGAUAAUGAUACUCUGGUUUGUGGAUGUCUAUUAGCCUCUUGCGAGGACUACACAUGCCCGUUUGAUGCGUUAGAACCUGAAGAAAGAAAACCAACAGUUUCCUUUCCUUUCCUUUCCUUUUUCCCUGCCAGAUCCACAUUUUGAACCUGUUGAUCCCAGAACCUUCGUGUUAUGGCCCUCUGCUCCACCAAGCGCUUUGACUGAAUGUACUUUUAUGGAGCAGGAUGAAGGACCUUCCUGGGCGUCGAAGGUGCAGAGAGAGAUUCCAUAUUUGUUCGCAGGUUCCUACAUCAGUCUCAACAAUGAAACAAUUUUGGUUGGUAGCCCAGAUCACAAAUACGUUACGAUUUUAAAUGUUGGUCUACUGCAAAGCGAGUCCGACUCGACUUACUCCUCGAGCUUUAACGUGGGUGUCAGGAAGAUUAUUUUUUCUAUGGAAGGCGAUGCAGUAUACGUCGUAAGUUCACGCCAGUUUGUCUACUUUAGCUCAGAAGAGGUAAAGAUAACUAUCUGGAAACUGUCAAGUCGGGAAUUUCUGAAGACAAAGACAUUCUUUGGCCCUGUGUCGAUCGUUCCGACGAAGGAAGGUCUUGUACUCUUUAAAAAUGAUCGUGUAGCAGAGUUGUGGAAUUUCGACUUGUCGGAGUGCAUUCGAAGUAUUGUUAAACUUACCAGUGACACUAAUAUUGUGUAUUCAGUAACCUUGAUGCCAGUAUCAGAUGAACUGAUAGCCUUUUAUUAUUCACCACAAUCACGGGAAUCAAUUUAUAUCAGAAGUCUACAAGAAUCUAAAGAAAACGAAAACUUACACCACGACUUGUUAGAGUGUACACCUCUCGAAAAUUGUAGAGAGUAUUCUCUUGACUUUAUAAGCACAACCAGCGUUCAGGGAGGAAAGCUUGUGUCCUCGCUAAGGUUCACAAGUUACGACAAAGGAGGAUACUUAUAUAACAUUUCAUGCAAUAGUCCGAGCAAUGUUUUGGUUUGCCGUUUUGAAGGGCGAUCCAGGGGACCUAUAGACGAGGGGGAGGUCACAGUUAGUUUAUUCAACAAAGGAUCAGUUAAAUGGGAACGAAUCGCGGAUAAUUCAUAUGUUCGCGACGAACACAUGAUUUUCUCUCCCAAGGAUGAGUUUGUUGUUACGUGGAACACUCUCGACGAAGGUCAAGGUCUACAUGUUCUUGACGCAGAUACUGGAGAAACACUGCACGUUCUUCUUAGAGACCAGAACGACAUUAUUGAAUGUAAGUUUUUAGAUGACGAAUCUCUGGUAUGCUGCAGUGGGGACAACUUCCUUCGACUGUGUAAUGUCAGAACCGGAGAUCUGCUAAGUGUUCUAGACAUUGGAGAGCAACCGCUCUGUUUGGGAGCCUGUCUGAAUCAGCCUCUUGUCGCCAUUGGUUUGUCCGGCACAAGAAUAAAAUUCGUCCACGUACAGUUGCCAACAGAAUCUAAAAAGAAGAAUUAA